GCCCCCAACUCCUUAAACAACAUUAAACACUUAAUGGCAAUUAAUACUCUUUAAUGCAGGUUUUGGGGCCAACUGGCUGCUUAGAGGGUGCUUAAACCAUCAGCCCCUCUCAAUCCCGUUGCCCUUGUCAUACAAAGUUAGCCAAGCCCCUAAUCCAGCCUCCCCCCGGCGGGUAUAAAGGGUGCGCUGUGCCGCGGGCACCGCUGGACCGUGCGGCGGGCAGGGCUGCGCAGCUGCUCCCGUGCCCUCGGCCUCCUGCGGCCGGCUCCGCUCUGGGAAGGCAGAGAGGGCCUCCAUUGGGCGCUCCCUGCCACGGGGGGUUGGGAGCUUCCUUCGCCUCUGUGCUUCCAGCGAGCCCGUUCCGAGCCCAGGGCCCUGCUCCUCUGCCCCGCGGGCAGGCAGGGCUGCAGCCGGGGCAGGAUGAACGGGACGGAAGGGAUCAACUUCUAUGUGCCUAUGUCCAACAAGAGCGGGGUGGUGCGGAGCCCCUUCGAGUACCCCCAGUACUACCUGGCCGAGCCCUGGAAGUAUCGCCUGGUCUGCUGCUACAUCUUCUUCCUCAUCUCCACGGGGCUGCCCAUCAACCUCCUCACCCUGCUGGUCACCUUCAAGCACAAGAAGCUGCGGCAGCCUCUCAACUACAUCCUGGUGAACCUGGCGGUGGCAGAUCUGUUCAUGGCCUGCUUCGGCUUCACCGUCACCUUCUACACCGCCUGGAACGGGUACUUCGUCUUCGGCCCCGUGGGCUGCGCCGUGGAAGGCUUCUUCGCCACGCUGGGAGGCCAGGUUGCCCUGUGGUCCCUGGUGGUCCUGGCCAUCGAGCGCUACAUUGUGGUCUGCAAGCCCAUGGGCAACUUCCGCUUCUCAGCCUCACACGCCAUGAUGGGCAUCGCCUUCACCUGGGUCAUGGCCUUCUCCUGCGCUGCUCCCCCCCUCUUCGGCUGGUCCAGGUACAUGCCCGAGGGGAUGCAGUGCUCCUGUGGGCCUGACUACUACACCCACAACCCUGACUACCACAACGAGUCCUACGUCCUCUACAUGUUUCUCAUCCACUUCAUCAUCCCAGUCGUGGUCAUUUUCUUCUCCUACGGCCGCCUCAUCUGCAAAGUCCGAGAGGCAGCUGCGCAGCAGCAGGAGUCGGCCACGACCCAGAAGGCAGAGAAGGAGGUGACUCGGAUGGUGAUCCUCAUGGUGCUGGGCUUCAUGCUGGCCUGGACCCCCUAUGCCGUGGUGGCUUUCUGGAUCUUCACCAACAAGGGGGCAGACUUCAGUGCCACGCUGAUGGCCGUGCCAGCCUUCUUCUCCAAGAGCUCCUCCCUCUACAACCCCAUCAUCUACGUCCUCAUGAACAAACAGUUCCGUAACUGCAUGAUCACCACAAUCUGCUGUGGCAAGAACCCCUUUGGGGAUGAAGAUGUCUCCUCCACUGUGUCCCAGAGCAAGACUGAGGUCUCCUCUGUCUCCUCCAGCCAAGUAUCACCUGCAUAGACCAUGGACACUUUGAACUGGGGUCACCCACCCAGCGUGGGGUGGAGACCAGCACCCAGGCACUCACAGUCUCAUUCCAUGCCAGGACUCCCUCCUGCACCAACACCCCCCCCCCCCCCAGCACUCAGCUGCCAUGUGCUGAGGUGGCCUCCCCUCUGUGUAACCUUCAGAGGUCCCUUCCAGCCCAAACCAUUCCAUCUGCAGCCCCCCAGGCACUGGGACACCUGUGCCCACUGCUGCGAACACCCUGAGCCCCCCUCACUGACACAGCCCCUUGCAGGGGGGCCCAGGUUCCUUCCCC